UAAUUUAAUUUAAGUAAAUCAUUUUGUCCGUGUGUUGUUAAUUAGUUAAAAAAUAUUAUGUACAAUUAUCUUUAAAAUUUAGUUUGAAAUUAAAAGUGUGAAAUAAAUUAAAAUAAAUAUCUUACUUAUACUAAGCGUGUAUUUAUCACGCUCAAUAAACAAAAAAGAAAAAAUGGAAACGUUCAUUAAAUCUUUAUUUGUGUAUUUUAUUAUUUAUACUAUCCCAGUUGUAGCAGAUUAUAAUGAUUAUUUUUCGGAUUAUGAUUGCAAUUUGCCGCUCAUGGAUAAUGCAGAUCUAUCAGCAACUUCUGCGUUAGCUGAUCGAGGAGCCGAUAAAGCCAGAUUGAAUAGUGCAAGUGCAUGGACACCUGUAGAAAAUACUUACAAUCAUUUCUUAAUUAUUGAAUUGGGUGCUAAGAAAAUGGUAAGAAAAAUAGCAACACGUGGUCGUUCAAGUGCACAAGAAUAUGUUACGGAAUAUAUUAUACAAUAUUCCGAUGAUGGUGAAUUUUGGCGAUCUUACGUUAAUCAAAAUAGUGAAUCAGAGAUGUUCAAAGGCAACUCUGAUGGUGAUUCAAUAUAUUACAAUAAUUUUGAUGUGCCGAUUAUUGCUCAAUGGAUCAGAGUAAACCCUACCAGAUGGCAUGACCGGAUAUCAAUGCGCGUCGAAUUGUAUGGUUGUGACUACGUUGCUGACAAUUUUUAUUUUAAUGGAACUGGCUUAGUUCGUUAUGAUUUAUUACGAGAACCAAUUGCAUCAUCUAGAGAAGCAAUAAAAUUUCGAUUUAAAACAUCAAUUGCUAAUGGAAUUAUAUUAUAUUCACGUGGUACUCAAGGGGACUAUUUUGCUUUACAACUAAAGGAAAAUCGUAUGAUAUUAAAUAUAGAUUUGGGUUCAGCUUUAAUAACAUCGUUAUCAGUUGGUAGUCUUUUAGAUGACAAUGUAUGGCAUGAUGUUGUAGUAUCAAGAAAUCGGCGUGAUAUUUUAUUCUCAGUUGACCGUGUUGUAGUACAAGGUCGUAUCAAAGGGGAGUUUAGCAGACUUAAUUUAAAUAGAGAGAUUUAUAUUGGCGGGGUUCCAAAUAUUCAAGAGGGCAUUGUUGUUAAUCAAAAUUUCACGGGUUGUAUUGAAAAUUUAUUCUUCAAUUCAACAAAUUUUAUACGAGAAAUGAAAGAAGCUUUAGAAAAUGAUGUAUAUGAUACGGCUUACAAAUACACCAAACAUAAUGUAAUUUAUGCUUGUCCAUCUCCACAAGUAUAUCCUGUGACUUUCACUACAAGAACCUCCUAUGCCAAACUAAAAGGUUAUGAAGCACAAAAAACUAUGAAUGUUUCUUUUCAUUUUCGUACCUAUGAAGACAAAGGAAUAAUGAUGUUCCAUGAAUUUGCCUCUGGCGGUUAUAUAAAAUUAUUUUUAGACGAAGGGAAAGUCAAAAUUGAUAUGCAAAUUGGUGAUCAACCACGUAUUAUAUUAGAUAACUAUGAUGAAGAAUUUAAUGAUGGAAAAUGGCACACUCUAGUAUUAACAUUACAAAGAAAUCAAUUAAUUUUGGAUAUCGAUCGUCGCCCAAUGACUACUACAAAAAAUAUUAAGUUUUCAACUAGCAGAAUUUAUUAUAUUGCUGGAAGUGUUGUAAAUGACAUUCCAGAUAAAAAUGGUUUUGUGGGGUGCAUGCAAAUGAUACAAGUUGAUGGAAGUUACAAAUUACCAAAAGAUUGGAAAAAUGGUGAAGAUGUAUGUUGUGGAGAUGAAGUAGUAGUGGACGCUUGUCAAAUGAUUGAUCGUUGCAAUCCAAAUCCAUGCCAACACAAUGGAAUUUGUCAUCAAAAUUCAAUGGAAUUUAUUUGCGAUUGCAAGAAUACAGGCUAUGCGGGAGCAGUUUGCCACACUUCUAAAAAUCCAUUAUCGUGCCAGGCAUACAAAAAUGUACAAGCAGUUCAACAGAGGGUCAAUAUUGAUAUUGAUGUUGACGGAAGCGGCCCAUUAAAACCAUUCCCUGUGACAUGUGAAUUUUAUACUGAUGGUCGCGUGAUUACAACAGUCGGUCACAGUCAAGACCAUACAACUACAGUAGAUGGUUUUCAAGAACCAGGUUUAUUCGAGCAAAGUAUUAUAUAUGAUGCUGAUUUAAAUCAAAUUGAAGCAUUAUUAAAUCGAUCGUAUAACUGUUGGCAACGAUUAACUUACGCAUGUCGCUCUUCAAGAUUAUUUAAUUCACCAUCCGACGCACAAACUUUUCGUCCUUUCUCUUGGUGGGUCUCAAGGCAAAAUCAGCCAAUGGAUUAUUGGGCGGGCGCUUUACCAGGCUCUAGAAAAUGCGAAUGCGGUGUUGUUGGAAAAUGUAGGGAUCCUACAAAAUGGUGCAAUUGUGACGCGAAUAUUUUGGAUUGGCUUGAAGAUGGCGGUGAUAUAAAAGAAAAAGAAUAUUUGCCGGUAAAAGCUGUAAGAUUUGGUGAUACUGGAACACCACUUGAUGAAAAAGAAGGCAGAUAUACUUUGGGUCCUUUGCGCUGUGAAGGAGACGAUUUGUUUAGUAACGUUGUUACUUUCCGAAUUGCUGAUGCUACCAUAGACUUACCAAGAUUUGAUAUGGGACAUUCAGGAGAUAUUUAUCUAGAAUUCAAAACAACAACCGAAAAUGCCGUUAUUUUUCACGCAACGGGUCCAACUGAUAACAUUAAAUUAAGUAUUAUUGGUGGUACUAAACUUCAAUUUCAGUACCAAGCUGGAAGUGGUCCUUUAGGUGUCAACGUUGAAACUAGUUAUAAACUAAAUGAUAAUAACUGGCAUACUGUCAGUGUGGAAAGGAAUAGAAAAGAAGCUAGACUGGUUGUAGAUGGUUCGUUGAAAGCAGAAGUUCGAGAGCCCCCAGGUCCAGUGCGAGCUUUGUAUUUGACAUCAAAACUUAUUGUCGGUGCGUCCACAGACUAUCGCGAUGGGUAUGUGGGAUGUAUUAGAGCCUUAUUACUUAACGGAAAAAUGGUGGACUUAAAAUCGUAUGCCAGUUCUGGACUUUAUGGAGUUAAUACUGGAUGUGUUGGUCGAUGUGAAUCCAGUCCUUGCCUUAAUAAUGGCACAUGCUAUGAAAAGUAUGACGGAUAUUCAUGUGAUUGUCGUUGGAGUGCUUUUAAAGGACCGAUAUGUGCUGAUGAAAUUGGUGUAAAUUUAAGGUCAAAUUCAAUAAUUAGAUACGAUUUUGAAGGUUCAUUCCGUUCAACAAUAACAGAAAAUAUUCGUGUUGGUUUUACAACAACAAAUCAAAAAGGAUUUUUGUUAGGUUUUUCGUCAAAUAUUACUGGAGAAUAUUUAACAAUUUUAGUGUCAAAUUCUGGUCAUUUGAGAGUAGUAUUUGAUUUUGGAUUUGAACGUCAAGAAUUAAUUUAUCCAAAAAAACAUUUUGGGUUAGGUCAAUUCCAUGACGUAAGGUUUUCGAGAAAAAAUAGUGGAUCCACAGUAGUUUUACAAGUUGAUAAUUAUGAACCGUUUGAGUACCAUUUCGAUAUUAAAGCGUCUGCGGAUGCUCAGUUUAAUAAUAUUCAAUAUAUGUAUAUUGGUAAAAAUGAGAGCAUGACUGAUGGAUUCGUUGGAUGUGUUUCUAGGGUUCAAUUUGAUGAUAUAUAUCCUUUAAAACUUUUAUUCCAGCAAAAUCCACCAUCCAAUGUUAGAUCACUUGGAGGAACUUUAACUGAAGACUUUUGCGGUGUUGAACCCGUGACUCAUCCUCCAAUAGAGAUUGAAACUAGACCGCCACCUUUAGUAGAUGAAGAGAAACUUAGAAAAGCAUAUAGUGAAGUUGAUUCAGCUUUGUUAGGAGGACUUUUGGCUUUACUUUUCCUACUAUUGAUCAUAAUGGCAGUUUUAAUAAGUCAAUAUAUAGCUAGACAUAAAGGUGAAUAUUUAACGCAAGAAGAUAAAGGAGCUGAUGGUGCGGAUGACCCAGAUGAAGCUGUUGUACAUUCUACAAGGGGGCAUCAAGUAAAUAAAAAGCGUGAAUGGUUUAUAUAAAUAUUUAGUUUUCCAAAAAUUUUAGUCUUAUUUUUUUUUAAUACAAAAAAAAAGAAAAUUGAAUUUUAAAACUGUUUUGAAAGUUUAAUAGAAUUAAGUGUUGUGAACGAAUACAUCUAAUAUUUUCAUCUCAUAAUUUUGGUUUUAAGAUGACAUUGAGUAUCAAAUUAAUUAUCGAAUAAUUAAAAAAAAAUUUUGCGAUAUAACAACUUUUAGCCCUUUGACAAUUAUUAGUUUUUAAUAUUAAAUUAUUUAUGAAAACGGUCAAUAUGUAGCAACAUAUAUCCUGAAGAAAUUAACGAAUGAAAUUCGUUACAAAUAUACAACUUAAACAUCUCUUUAUACAUAGAAAUUUUUAUUUUCGGAGAAUAUGUUUUUUUUAUUUCGCUUAAUUUAUUUGUACAAUUUUGAAAUUAAUUAGCCGUCCAUUUUAGUUAUUAGUUUUAUUUAGUUUUAAGUUAGUUUUUUUGUUUUUUUUUUUUUUAUUUUUAAUUUUUAAUUUUUUAUAUUACUUAUGUCCAUUUUCUUUAAUAUUUUUAAAUUUUUGUUUUUGCUUGAAUUUUUCAAAUUUUCUUUUACAUAUGUAUUACAUUUCUAUGUAACGUACAUCUGUACAUUUGAAUACCCAUUUUUAUUGACCUUAUAUUAAUUAUAGUUUUGUGAAUAAGAUAAUUAAUAUGUAAAAUAUUAUUGCGUCUCAAUUUUACCAAAAUUUAGAAUAGGAAUGUUUAAAUGAAUAGAAGAGAGGAUAUACAAAAUAAUGUAAGUAUAUUUCCACAAAAUGCAUACUUAAAUACAACGAUAUUUUUUUAAUUCGUUCUUUAAUAAUUUUGCGAUAUUAAACGUUCAAGACUGAUCAUCUGUUUUUUCUUUGCAAUCAUAAACUUCUUGUCUUAAGUUAAUGCAAAAUUAUAUAAAGAAUGUAAAUAUUAUUAUGAAAUAUUUUCAAAAUUAAAAAUAGUAGCAAUUUUGUGUAGAAAUAUCUAUUAUGCUUUAGAGUAUUGUUUUUAUUUUUACAUUCCAUUACUUAUAAUGAUUUAUGAGUUCAUAAGUUAAGAAUUAGAUAUUUAGUCCAAUAAAUCUUAAUUUUGUUGUUUAUAUUAAUAGGUUUUUUCAUAUAGAAUAAGGAACGUUAAAUUUAACAAAUACAUAUAAAGAUAUAUGCGAAAAAUAAUUUUUUUUUUUAAAGUUUUGACAAUUUUGAUAAUUUUAGUCUCAGAAAAAUCAAUAAGUUUGUGUUUGAGUUUUAAUUGUGUGGGCGCUGUUCAAGUAUAUAUAAUUUUAUGUGUAACUUGUAAAAAUAUUUCAUGGUCUUCCGAUAUUGAAAAGUUAAGUUAAAUGAUUUAAAAAACGAUUUUAUUUAAUUAAAACAAAAACCCUAUUGAUGGAAGAUUUUAUUUAUUUUUUCUUAAUAAUCGUACUUGAAAAUAUUAUAAAAAUUAUAACAAAAAAAAUAUUAGAAACUAAUUUCAAGAGGCCUUGUACAAUUAAAGAAUGUUUUUAAAAUUGAUUAAAAGUUUAACAUAAUCAUAAUUAACAUAAUUAGGUCAAUUGAAUAAAGUAUUAAUUAUGACCAUAAAUGUUGUUGAUGAACUGAUUUCUGGAGAUUAAAAAUGAUAAUGGAUUCAAAAUUGUCUGACCUGACCAUAUAAGGAAGAAAAUUUUUUAAACAAUGCUUUACUAAAAAAAAAUCUUAAUUUUUUAAGUAUGAAUAUAAACGAAAUAGCAGUUUUAAUUUUUAAAAAAUAUAAAAACAUUAUAAUUUUUCGUUUUUGUACAAAAAUAUUGUGAAUUAAAAUAAAUUUUUAUGAAAAAAAUUCGAGUUUUUCAUUUUUUGAUAAUAAUUUUAACUUUUAAUGUAACUUUUUUAAAUUGUACUUUUAAAAAAGUGUUUGCUAUUGGAAACUUAUUUAUAUAAUUGUAAAACUUAGACAAUUUAAUUAACCCUUCACCAUACUUUUUUAAAGAUAGCGAAUUAACACAAAUUGGGACAAUUUUAAACUCGUUUAAAUUUGAGAUUUAGUAAACAUAUGCGCAUUAAGUUUGAAAAACUGGUAAUUUUUCAUAAGGAAUUUUCGGUGAAACAAAAGAUAAUUAAUUUCUGAUUGAUUUGUCAUUUUUUCCAAUCACUUU